UCAGAGAAAGUAAAAUCCUUUACACAGUGCAGGCACAUUUUUCAUUUAUAUAUUUAAAAAAAAUCAAUUUAAUUUGUGCUGGACGUACUAAAGAGGUAAAAAUGGACGAAGAUUUACCGACCCACUUCAAUGUCAUCGUUGUAGGAACAGGUGUGGUUGAGUCUAUUGUGGCUGCUGCAUGCAGUCGAAUUGGCAAAGAUGUCCUCCACAUUGACUGCAGUGACCAUUACGGUGGUUUAUGGGCCUCUUAUAAUUUUGACGGGCUGCAGAAAUUCAUCAAAGAGGUUAAAACUGAGCCAAAUAAACAUUCACAAGUGUACAAUUUGGAAGAGAAGUGGUACAUAAAUAAGGAUCCUCCACAAGAAGAACCAAAAGAGGACAGUGAAGAUGGUAAAGCUGAACCCACUAAGAAAGUGUGGUGUCAAGCUGAUUUCACUUCAGAGUACAGGAAGUUCAAUAUUGACAUGACUUCAAAGUUGCUGUUCUCAAGAGGUCCACUAGUUGAACUUCUGAUAUCCUCAAACAUCGCUCGUUACGCGGAGUUCCGUUGUGUAACGCGCGUACUCACCUGGCUCAAUGACAAGCUGAUGCCGGUGCCGUGCUCCCGGGCCGACGUGUUCGCCACCGAGGCGGUCAGCAUCGUCGAGAAACGGAUGCUCAUGAAAAUGCUCACUUCCAUCGUUGGUUACAACGACGAGGAAAUGAACAACGAAUUUAAAGACUGGAACGAUAAAACCUUCAAAGAAUACUUAACCCAUAAGGGUCUAACUCCAAACUUGAUCCACUACGUCCUGUUCGCUAUCGCGGGCGGCACCGAGAGCAUGCCGUGCUUGGAGGGCGUGAAGGAAUGUAAGAAGUUCCUCAUGAGCCUCGGUCGUUAUGGGAAUACACCAUUUUUGUGGCCUAUGUAUGGAAGUGGAGAAAUACCUCAAUGUUUCUGCCGAUUGUGUGCAGUGUUCGGCGGAUGGUAUUGUUUGAACCGACCGAUCGACUCCGUUGAAACAAAGACCGUUGAAGAGGGCAAGACUGUCGUAGUUGUCGGCAGUAAUUCGAAAACUCUGAAAUGCGAACACUUGGUUAUCGGCAUCAACGAAUGCCCCAAGGAUUUCAUUUUGCCGGAGCCAGCGGAAACCUGUGACAUAUCAAAGGCUAUUUUCAUAACAAAUGGAACGAUUAUGGCGAGUGAGAAGGAACCUCUGACACUGUUCAGGUUCCCGCCACUCAAUGAUGAACAGAACUGUGUGACUGUUCUGGAGGUUGGCCCCGCAACUGGCUCCUGCCCUAAAGGACUUUUCGUGGUUUACUUAGUAACGAACAAGGUAAAAGAUGCAGAGAGUGACUUGAAGCCGUACGCGGAGAAAAUCUUCGAUAUGUCCGGCGGGGACCAGACUGCGACCUCCGAUAAACCCAAGUGCCUGUGGUCGCUGUUCUACAACGUGAAGGACACGAGCGCGGCCAUACACAGCGGCACGGACUGCGUGCACGUGUGCGCCGGGCCCGACGCCGGACUCGACUACGACCGCGCCGUACACCAGGCAGAGGAAAUCUAUAAGAAGAUCUGCCCUGGUCAAGAAUUCCUGCCCCGUGCUCCCAAUCCAGAGGAAAUAGUGUUCGAAGAUGGUGCAACUCCCGGCCCCGAGUUCCAAAGGGAGGACGAAGACGCAGAGGGCGACAAGGAGUAAUUGCUGUAGUAUUA